AAAAAAAAAAAAAAAGCUGCCAAAAACCACCACCCGCCAUACCCAAACCCUCCCCCACCGCUUUUCCAGCUUCUUCCUCCAUUAUCCAUUUCCCCCAACAAAUCCACAUUCCCCCUUUUUCUUCUUCAAUAAUUUUUUUUUUUUUUUUCUGAGAAACAAAAUUGAAAAUUAAAUAAUCAAACGGAUUCGAUCUAAUUGAAAUUUACAGGAAAAAUUCCCGGUGAAUUGCACCAAUUUCCGGUGGUGUUCGAUUGAAAUCUCUGAACCUAUGUGGCUCAGAAGAUCCAAAACAAGAGCUCGUGUCCACAACGCGCCGGCCCCCAAAUUCGCCUGCUCCUCCUUCAAGGAUGUCCACACUCUCCUCCUCGACGAUGAACCCGCCGGCGGCGGCAGCCCUGGGAGUAGUCUCGAAUCGCCAACGAAGCCUUCAAUCUGCCACCGCAGCCGUAGCGUUAAAACCCUCAUCCGCACCCUAUCCCAGCCCGCACCGCCGGAGGAAAUCCGGAUCCCGGGGGCGGAGCAGACGGUGGUGGUGUACUUCACGAGCUUGCGGAUCGUCCGGCGCACCUUCGAGGAUUGCAAGGCCGUCCGAUCCAUCCUGCGGGACUUCCGCGUGUCGAUCGACGAGCGGGAUCUAUCGAUGGACUCCGGAUUCAUGGACGAGCUCCGGUCGAUCCUCGGCCAGUCGCCGGAGAAGAACUCCAAAUUGACGCUGCCCAGGGUAUUCAUCGGCGGGAGGUACGUCGGCGGGGUGGAGGAGGUGCGGCGCCUCCACGAGAGCGGGGAGCUGAAGAAGCACGUGGAGGGGCUACCCGCAUCGGAGCCAGGCACGUGCGGCGCGUGCGGAGGGUACAGAUUUAUCCUCUGCGACGAGUGCAGCGGGAGCCACAAGUACUACAGCGAGAAAGGUGGCUUCAGGAGUUGUACCUUGUGCAAUGAGAAUGGUCUCGUCAGGUGCCCUUCUUGUUCCUGUGCACCCCUAUGAUAUGAAGCACCCCCUUUUUCCCUUUUUUCUUCUUAGAUUAUUACAUGUUAACCUCUUAAUUACUACUAGUAUUAAUUAAUUAAUUAGUUAAUUAAUUAUGAUUAUUAGGGUUUGUUUACAAAUCAAUUAGCUCUUUCCAUGCAGCUUUUAAUGUGAGAUAAGGGCUUUGCUUUA